UACUGUAGCUGUAGUCGUGGGACAUCAACAACAUCAACAAAAAACGUAUGCCACGAUUUUUUCUAUAAAAAUUCAAAAAUUAGGCGAAACCGAAAAUGAACGUGUUAACAAAGUGCAUAGAAAUAAUCCACCUUUUUUAGUUAAAUAUCGAGGCAAGAGAACAACAGUACUUACACUCGUUUUGGAUCUAAAAACCUUCGGCAUUGCACUGACGUGGACCUGAAAGAUUAGAAACAGAGUACCAACAUGUCUACAGCACGGCGGAGGACGCAGGGCGGCAGUGCGGGCGAUGACCAGAGCGUGCUCAUCACAGACUACCCACACCCCAACGAGGGUUUGGUGGAGAAGGAUGAGGGAACGCCGGACAUACGCGGAGACAGACGGAACAUAGCCAUCCUGCUGUUCCUGUACAUACUGCAGGGCAUACCGAUCGGUCUGAUUGCCGCCAUUCCCAUGCUGCUGCAGAAUCGGGGCGCCAGCUACAAGCAGCAGGCGGAGUUCUCCUUUGCGUACUGGCCGUUCAGUCUGAAGCUGCUGUGGGCGCCCAUCGUGGACUCGCUGUAUGUGCGCAGAUUCGGACGUCGCAAGUCGUGGCUGGUGCCGGUGCAGUAUCUGCUGGGCGGAUUCAUGAUGUUCCUCUCCUACUUCGUGGAUCGCUGGCUGGGCGGCGACGGUGUGGAGCCGAAUGUGGCGCUGCUGUCGCUGCUCUUCUUCCUGCUCAACUUCCUGGCGGCCACGCAGGAUAUCGCUGUCGAUGGCUGGGCUCUGACCAUGCUAAAGCGCUGCAAUGUGGGCUACGCCUCCACCUGCAACAGUGUUGGACAGACUGCCGGCUACUUCCUGGGCUAUGUGGUGUUUAUUGCCCUCGAAUCGAAGGACUUUUGCAACAAGUACAUGAGGGAUGUGCCCCUGAACGAAGGCAUGAUCACGCUGCCACGCUUCCUAUGGUUCUGGGGCAUUGUCUUUGUGGUGGCCACCACUCUGGUGGCAAUCUUCAAGAAGGAGAACGACAUUGAAGAUGCCCACACGGAUGCUCGCUACACCGAGGAGCACGAGCUAAACAUCCGUCAGAGCUACAAGAUCCUGUGGGACAUGGUGAAGAUGCGCCCGGUGCAGAUCCUAGGCGCCAUUCUGCUCACCGUUAAGGUGACCUUCUCCGCAUCGGAUGCGGUGACCAGCCUGAAGCUCAUCGAUGCCGGUGUGCCCAAGGAUCAGCUGGCUCUGCUGGCAAUCCCCCUCAUUCCCCUGCAGCUCGUCCUGCCCCUGGUGAUGGGUCGCUACACCAACGGACCGCGUCCCAUGGAUGUUUAUGUGAAGGCCAUACCAUAUCGAAUCCUUCUGGCCGCCGUGGCUACAAUUUUCGCCUAUGCCACACCUUUUAUGGUGCAGAAGGGAAAUGUCCCAGUGUACUACUAUGUCCUUCUCAUCACUCUCUAUGCCUGCUAUCAGGUGUUCCUCUACUCAAUGUUUGUGGCGGCCAUGGCUUUCUUUGCAAAGAUCUCAGACCCCGCUGUGGGGGGCACAUACAUGACAUUCCUCAAUACGCUGUGCAAUCUGGGCGGCAAUUGGCCCAACACGGUGGUGCUCUGGCUGGUGGAUGUGCUCACUUGGAAGCAGUGCACCACCGUUACGGAUAACACCUGCCUCAACAAGAGCGAUCAACAGAGCUGUGAAUCGUCGCAGGGUAAAUGUGAAAUUACUUUCGAUGGCUACUAUCUGGAGUCAUUCUUCUGUGUGCUGUAUGGCAUCAUCUGGGUGCUGCUGGUGCACAAAUGGAUCGUCUAUCUGCAGGAUCUGCCCGUACGAUCGUGGCUUGUGGUCAAGCAUAAGUCGCGGUAGCAAUUAAUCGUGUGAUCCGCAGCCGCCGCCACCGCCAAUGGCCGUACAAACCAGCUAUUAUUUAUAGGACUAGACAGUGUUUUGCAUUAUUCUGUGUGUGUAGGCUAGUGAAAUUGAAAAUUCCCGCCUUGGUAUUGUUUUCGUAAUGUAACUUAAUAGAUUCCAUUGGAAAUAAAAUUAGAUUCGACGUCGA